UUCUAACUCUUUACUUUUGUUUCUGCUGACGAGAAGGUUCGUCGUGUUGAUAGCACUCCAUUUGUCCCACUGGAUCCCAAUAAUUACUACAUAAAUGGCAAAACUAACCAUUUUGAGUUUGGCCCUGUGUGGUUUGCUGGCCAUCGUUUUUUCAGGCCCCACCAAGGUGAAUAACGUCUAUGAAGCUCCCCCCUGCGACGUGGACGCCUGUCAACUACCAAGUUGUCGCUGCAGCUCGCAAACUCCACCCGGCAACCUGAUCGGACCUAAUGUGCCACAAAUGGUAUUCCUCACGUUCGAUGACGCAAUCACCGUUUCGAACCACCCAUUUUAUGAAGAAGUGCUGUUCAAUAGGAUAAAUCAAAAUGGGGCAAAAAUCGCAGCCACGUUUUUCAUCACCCACGAGUACAGCAACUACUCCCUUGUCCACGAUCUGUGGGCUAGAGGUCACGAUAUCGCCCUCCACAGCAUCACUCAUGUGUCUGAUACUGGGUACUGGGCCAAUUUGAACGAAUCGAUGUGGAGGGCUGAAAUCGUUGCUCAAAAGCAACAACUUUCUACAUUUGCAUCGGUUCCCCUGGCUUAUAUCAAAGGAGUGAGAGCCCCAUUUCUCCAGGUAGGAGGAAACCCAAUGUACAGCGCGCUCGUCGGAGGUGGUUUCGAGUGGGAUUGUUCUCGACCUACUCAGAAUCAACGGAUUCCUGGUCUCUGGCCGUACACAAAUGAUUACGCUUCAACCCAAGACUGUCAAAUCCCAACCUGUCCAGACGAGGCCUUCCCUGGCUUCUGGACGUUCCCUAUGAUUGACUUAAUUGGCGACGAUCAAUUCCCUUGUGCCAUGGUUGAUGAGUGCACACCAGUUCCUAUGACCCAAGCAGCUACAUAUAACCUUCUCAUGCGAAACUUUGAAAACCAAUACAACGGGAAUAGAGCACCGUUUGGGGUGUUCACCCAUGCCGCUUGGCUCGUUGGACCGGCUGAUAGACCAGAAUUUGCUCAAAGGAAGGCUGGAUAUAUCCAAUUUUUAGACGAAAUUCUAGCCAUGCCAAAUGUGUACAUUGUGGGAAUUUCACAGGCAAUGGAAUGGAUGAAAACACCUACUGGAACAGCCGACAUUGAUACUUUUGUCCCCUGGCUGGACGACCCCAACAGAGUUAGAGCAUGUCCCUUCCCUCGAAACUGUCGAUAUGAGAACUCAACUUGGGAAAGAUUCAUGUCCUCUUGCAUCCCUUGUCCGCCUGAAUAUCCGUGGGUCCAUAAUCCUCAGGGAACUAAUCUCCAUUACGACGACUAAAUUCUAUUCAGAAUAAUAACCUUUACAAACCAAAAAAAAUCAAUAUUGAAAUUUCAAUUCUCUAAUACUUCCUAAAAACUCGGUAAUUAAAAAAUGAACUUUUCGUCUCAUCUAA